AUGUCUCUCUGGCCGUAUGCCAAGUCGCAGUUGUCCGCAGAUCUGCCCAGAGUCAUCAAGCUGUCGCACAUGCAGUCGAAGGCUUCGCAGCUCGCCGGGCAGCAGAUCGCGCCCUGGAACGAGCUCGACUGGAAGGUCUCGCCCUGGAAGCUGAUCAUCAAGCCUAAGCCUGCCGCGCACCUCACGCACAAGUGCACGCUCACGCCUUCCCCUGCUGACGCCGGGCCCUGUGUACUGGUGAAGAAGAAGGCGGACAACCGUGCCAAGGGACGACAGCCUGGACAGAAGAAGCGGAAGGUGCGCAAGGUCGAUGAACUAGAGAGUGGCGAAGUCGCCGACGAUGAAGACAAUGGUGAAGACACACCUGACAAGACGAUCAGUCAGGUCGACGUAGACGAUUCAGAUGAGGGUUUUUGA